CAAAUGUAAAGUGAGUUACAGUAAAGUUGGCCAAAUAUUUUGUUUAAUUAUCAUUAUCAAUGGAUAAUAAUAAUCAUCUAAUUGAAAGUUUAAAGAUUUGUGAUUCUCAGGUUAAUGGUGAUCAUGGUGAGGUUAAUGAUUCACUUGGGAUGUUUAAGUGUUCACCUUUGGAUAAAAGUAAAGUUAACCAAUUGAACGUUAAUCAUGUUAAAGAAUCAAUUAAACCGUCUUUUACUAAUUGUUGCCAGUGUUUUCAUAAUUAUCACGUUAAUCUAACCUAUGAACCUUCUCAGGAGUUUGAAGGUUCAACCAGGAAUGAAGGUAAACCUUCAUUAAGAUGUUCAUCACCUCUAUCAUAUUCAUUAUCCUCAUGUUCAUCUUCAACCUCAUCAUCAUCAUUAUCAUCGAAAACAAUCAAUUCACUUGCAAGAGGAACACCAUUUUCACCAAAUGAUUGUACAAUCAUGAGACCAUUAAAUCAUUCAACUGACCAUUGGUUACCAGUAAGCUCACUCUCACCAUUAGGAACCUUGUUAAAUUGUCCUGGUUCAUUAGUCAGCCCAUCUAAUAAUGGGAAUAAUGAAUUGAAAUUUGAAAAUGAAAUUGAAGCUCAUCAAGAUAAUGGUAUUGAUUGUGCCCAUCAUAAUGAUCAACAAUCAAAGGGUAAUUUACUUGAAAAGGAUAAUUCAACCGAAAAUUGGAAUAAACCGAAACAACGUCGAUUCCGAACCACUUUUACAUCCCAUCAACAGCAACAAUUGGAAAGAGCAUUUCGUUCAACUCAAUAUCCGGACAUUCAAACUCGAGAAGAUAUUGCAAGUCAAAUAAAUCUAACUGAAGCACGAGUUCAGGUUUGGUUUCAAAAUCGUCGAGCUAAAUGGAGAAAGGAGCAACAUUUUGUAUUAAAUACGAGCUUCACUUUAACCAAUAUCAAUGAUAAUAGCACCAAUAAUGAUGAUGAUGGUAAUGUUAACAAUAAUCACAAUGGUACCAAUGAUAACAAAAAGUGGCAACCAAAACAUUCAAAGAAAAAAUUGGUAACCCUAAAAUAACCUGAUCAGGAUAGAUGCAAGCAAAAGCCUAAGGGAGAAACAAAAGAAACAAAGGCCAAAUAUGGAAUGGAAAAUAUGGAUAAUUAGGAUUAAGACAAGUUGAAAGGAGAGCUCAAUCUGGAUGGUAAUAGACAAUUUUAGUGACCCAUCCUUGUAAUUAGCUGAUUGGUGGACAUUGAUGGACAAGGUGAUGAAGAGUGGAGAUGGUGCAGUAAAACCAACCAGGAACCAGGAAGAUGCAACCCAUCCAGUUGUUUGUUUUUUUUUGACCAAGUUAAUCCGAAAUUGGAUUCCAAAGGGAAACAUGAGUUUGCAAUAAUGUGAAUGCAGAUGAUCAAGAAACGAUUGUGAGAAAGAGAGAAGGAAAAAACGGCAAGCUAAUAACUUGAAGAGUCAACUUGUAUAGCAAAAUGCUCUAGACUUGGUUGUUUAACCCUUGCCAUAGCUGCAAGACGUUUUUUUUCUUGAGCCACUUCAUCUUAUAUUAGAUAUUAUACAUAUUCUUGAAAGCAAAAUAUUCACUAAGAAUAGUAAUAAUAUUGAUGAUAAAGUAGGGCUCAUUAUGAUAAUUAAACUAGAGUUUUCCUCGUUUUUUCCCUUUCUCUAUCUCUCUUUUACUUUUCUACUCAUAAUUUUGCUGUUAUUACUUUGACAGGGAAGAAAAGGUCAAAUUUACUUAAGAUGGAAAAGCAAAGACUUGGAAAAAAAAGGACAAAGUAAAUGGAGAAGAAAAAUUAAAAUGAUGAAAAACUUGCUUAGCUGAUUAUCCUUAUCCUGACUGGCUUAAAGUUGAUAUGCUUUAUGGAUAAACUUGACCACAAGAAAAAGAUUAGACCUUAAAACAAGUUUCACUUGUUGUUGUUAUUCUUUUCUCCUUUGUUACCUGUACUUUGUCCUUUUCACUGGUCAAGGUUAACGGUCGAAAUUGACCAUUAUUAUCGAGAAGAUAAUGAUUGUUUAUGAUUGUUUAUUGUUGUUUAGAUUGUCCAAUGUUAUUAUCAUUGUUGAUCAUUGAGUGCUUUACAUUUUAUAAAUGUCAAUCUUUUUUCCUCCACAAGUAUAUUUGCUUAUUGAUGUUAUUGCUGGCUUAUUUUAAUUACUGUUUACCAGAUUUCGCAAAUUUAUGUUACUAUUUGAAACAUGUAAUCACAAUUCAGUUUCCCUGUUGAAUUUAGUUUACCUCAAAGAAUCAUUUUGUUUUGCAAGUUCCUACAAACAAUUAAAAUAACCAAAAGUCGAA